AUGCUGAAAAAACUGGAAAAGCUUGAGGAUCUAGGAAAAAGCAUGGUCCCAAUAAAUAUGCAGGAUGCAGAAUACGCAGAUGACAUGAACCUAAUGACCAAGUGGAAUAGAGGAGGAAGUGAGGAGAAGGAAAGCACUAGCAGGAAGAGUAUUUCAGAGAUAUAUUUCAAAGUUUUCAAAAAACAUGACAUUGGAUUAAAAGUCAAACUAAGAACUUACGAUGCCAUGAUGGGAAAAAAAUUAAAAGGCAAACCUAAAACGAGAUGGAACAAGUGUCUUAGUCAAGGUUUGAAAAGAGCUGGGCUAUCAUUAUAUGUGAGAACUACUGAAAGAACUAGAGCAAUACGAGAAGAGAUUGUGAAAGACGGAAACAGAUAG